UCGAGUGAUGCAGUCUGCCGACUUUGAGGUUUAGGUUUAGGAGGGUAAAUACGUUACAUCCUUACCUGUUCUCACUCCGAGGUGCGAGAGACGACCGAGCGAACCGUUAACGGUAGAAACAUCGGAUGGGCGGCGGCGGAGCAUCGGCCGAGACGGCGAACCCCAAGCCCUCGCCCCUCAACCCCAACUGGGCGCAGCUUCAGCAGAAGCUCAAGUCCCGCCGUCCCCCUAAACCCUCCCAUUCCGCCGACCCCGGCGCCAGAACCCUAGCGCCAUCCGUGUUGGGAAAGCGCAAGGAGAGAGCAGAGCCCUCGCCGGAGGCAUCUCCAUCCGCUUUUCUCUCUCCGACCUCCACUGACUGCAGCCUGACGGAUGCACUGGCUAUGGACUGUGAGAUGGUCGGCGUGAGCAUCGAGGGGAGUAAGAGCGCUGUUGGAAGGGUCACGCUGGUGAAUUCAUGGGGUAAUGUAGUAUAUGAUGAAUAUGUUCGUCCAAUAGAGCGUAUUGUUGACUUCCGUACCAAGAUCAGUGGCAUCCGGCCCAGAAACAUGAGAAAAGCAAAGGAGUUUUGGGCUGUUCAAAAACAAGUGGCUGAAUUGAUUAAAGGACGAAUACUCGUGGGUCAUGCUUUGCACAAUGACCUUAAGGUGUUGUUAUUGAGUCACCCAAAGAAGGACAUAAGGGAUACCUCAGAAUACGAGCCCUUAAGAAGGGGUGGUCAAAAGAGGGCACUGAAGCAUCUAGCAGCUGAAAUUCUUGGUGCUAAGAUCCAGGAAAAUGAGCACUGUCCUAUUGAGGAUGCCCGAGCUGCAAUGUUUAUCUAUAACAAAUACAAGAAAGCCUGGGAGAAGAGCAUGAAGAAAAAUUUCAUGUUCAAAGAAAAGCUCAACAAACGGAAGAAGAAACAGAUGGAGGCAAAAAAAAACUGAUGUUCCAACAACCAUUUAAUGGAAAGAGAAUUUGUUUUCUGCUCAUCGGAGUCUCCACACCUGGCCUUAUUCACAUUCGAGCAUGAUCCUGAGCGCCAUAUAGUGCAGAAUCAGUGAUUGUAAUUAACUAGAUCUCAAACUUCAGAGUUUUGGUGAGAGUCUUGGAAUCAUAUAAAAAUGUGAAUACCUGGAGAUACAUGUAGGUGAAUCUGAGAAGAAAUAGUUCUUCAAAGUGGAUUUGUUGAGUACGUAUGGCCAGUCUUCUUUUUUCACCUAUUUGAAGUAGAGUGAAUUAUGUUUGUUGUGGUUGCCGCAGGCAACUCAUCGAGUUCUUUUCA